CGAAUUAUUCUGUUGAGAGCAAGAGUCGCGAGCGGAGUUCGAAAUUUGCAGUCGAGCGAGAAAUACGGGUCAGUGUGUGAACGCUUCCAAGUUGCCAAAGUCGGUGUCCAAAAAAACAAGAAAAGAAAGGCAAACAAAGACAGUUCCCAGCUUUUGUGAAUCAUGCGAAAAAGUUACUUCAUUGCGUCGCUGACGCUCUGCUUAACGCUUUGCUUAUUAACUUCAGUGACUGCCAAGUCUGGAGAGGAUCAGUGGGUGUGGCGCACCUACAAUCGCAGAGAGCGCGCGUUUCGCGACAAGGAUAUCGAUCGCUCCGCCUCCAUACGCAACUCCUACGACAACAAGUUGAGGCGGGAGCCAACUACCCGAAGACCGCUGCCUGGUGAGCCGGAGAACGAUGAAAUCGAGGAUUACGUGGAUGCCGAACCCAAUGUGAGCAGCUCGCCUACCGUUGGCACGCGUCAAUUCAAUCCCUACGGCAAUCCGAGUGCCUACCCGGGCCAGCCCACAGCUGGAGGUCAGUUUGCCAAUCCAGGUGGUUUUGCUGGAGGCAGUCCUGGAGUGCUUGUGGGUCCAGGUGGACCCACUGGCGUCAUAGGGCGUCAGCCUUAUCCAUAUCCCGGUGUCUAUCAGCCAGGUCUUGGUGGCUUUGGCGGCGCACAGAAUGGUCUGGGCUUUGGCAGCUAUCCCGGUGUCUAUGGCGGCGCAGGAGCAUCAGCUUAUCCUGGUCUAGGCGGCGCUGGAAAUUUCGCUGGUGCUGGAUUAGGAGCAACUGCUUAUCCUGGAGUGGGUGCAACUUAUCCAGGCGCUGGCAACUUUGGCGGCUUUAGUGGCGCGCAAUCUGGCGCGGGACUUGGCCUGGGACAAUAUCCAGGUGCUGGCAAUCAGUAUCCCUUCAAUCCCUAUCAAGGUGCCGGCACAGACUUUAACAGCAAUCAGUUUGCUGCAGCCGGUGGACAAUACCCUGGACUGGGACAGUUCCCAGGGAAUCAGUACAGCGGACCGCAGUUCACCGAGGGCUACGGACUGGCGGGACUUGGUCUGGGUCAGGCUGGACUUCCUCCAACAGGCUUUGGUGGAAAUUAUGGCGCUGGCGGCUUUGGAUACGACGAAAAGUCGCCUGCGGUGGCGGUGGCCGAGGGCAAGAGUGCUAAGAAUGUGGCCAGCACACCAUCGACUGUUAAUAAUAAGCUCAAGAAGGUUUAGUGACCGUCACGUUCUUACAUCUCAACUCACUGCCCAGUUAGCAUAGCAUUUCAUUGUAUUAUAUAGUAUUAUAGUAGUUAAUAAAAGACAAGCUUGCUUGUCUCUGUUGACCUUG